AUGCACUCAAACACACUAAGCCUCUUCCUGGCUGCUGUCUCAGGAUUGACGCUUUCCGAAGCGUCUGUUCUCCCCCGUCACCCUCCUGCAGGUCCUCCUGGAGCUUACCCUCCCCCUCCUCCUCCUCGUGGUCCUCCUGGCCCUCCCGGUCCUCGUGGUCCUCCCGGCCCUCCUGGUCCCCCUCCUCCUUCCCCUCCUGGUGUUCCCGCUGUUCAGCUUAGCAACGGUACCUACCAUGGCAAGCACAGCGAUGAGUUUGACCACGAUCUCUUCCUUGGCAUGCCCUACGCUCAGCCCCCUGUAGGAUCUCUCCGCUUCUCUUCCCCCAAGGCUCUUGACAAGGCCUGGAAGGGACACCGAGAUGCUAAGGAGUUCGGAUGGAUGUGCAUCGGUUACGGUGCCGAUACCCAGAACCUUGGUAGCCCUGUUAAUGAGGACUGCUUGACCAUCAACAUCGUCCGCCCCUCCGGUGUUGAGGCUGGAGAUGAGCUCCCUGUUGGCCUUUGGGUCCACGGUGGUAGCUACACCAACGGUGGUUCUCGUGACCCCAGAUACAACCUCAGCUGGAUUGUUGACCAGUCCGUUAAGGAGGGUAAGCCCAUCAUCGCUGCCUCCAUCAACUACCGCGUCUCCCAAUGGGGUUUCCUCUUCAGUGAGGAGAUGCAGAAGGAGAACGCUGGUAACCUUGCCUUCAAGGAUCAGCGCAUGGCCUUGAAGUGGCUCAACGACAACGUCGCUGCCUUCGGUGGUAGCCCCGACAAGGUCACCGUCUGGGGAGAGUCUGCUGGUGCUCGGUCUCUCGGUAUGCAGCUUGUCGCCUAUGACGGUCAGCAUGAUGACCUCUUCCGUGGUGCCAUUCUUGAGUCUGGAAGCCCUCUCGCUAUGUUCGGUGAUGCCGCUUCUUGGCAGGACUACUACGACGCUCUUGUCAAGAAGACUGGAUGCGCCGACUCUUCCAAGACCCUCGACUGCCUCCGUGAGCUCCCUUGGGAGACCCUCAACGACAUCUUCAACAGCACCACUGCUCUCAGCGUCCCUACACCUCCUCUCACUGCUGUCGUCGAUGGUGACUUCAUGACUGCCCAGGCUCCUGAGCUCCUCAGCGCUGGCAAGUUCGCUCAUGUUCCUCUCCUGAUGGGCAACAACUUCGAUGAGGGUACCGCCUACGGUAAGAAGGGUAUCAACACCACCGAGCAGUUCCAGUCUUGGAUCUCCAGCCUCGGCCUUGACAAGGACGCUGUCGCUACCGCUACCGAGCUCUACCCCGAUGAUCCUGAGAAGGGUAUCCCCGCCUCUUUCGUUGGCCGACCUCAGAACGAGUACGGACUCCAGUGGAAGCGUUCUGCUUCUUUCGCUGGUGACUUCCAGCAGCACGCUGGCCGCCGCCUCUUGGCCGAGACCUACUCCGGUGCCAACAUCCCUGUCUUCUCUUACCUCUGGAACCUCUACGUCAACCCUCUCCCCGCCAUCAUCGGUGCCACCCAUUUCCAGGAGGUUGCCUUCGUCUUCAACAACGUCAAGGGUGUCGGUUACGCUGCUAGCCCCUUCGAGGGCAAGCCCGAGUCUUUCGUCAAGAUGGCUGACCUCAUGAGCAAGAUGUGGGUUGCCUUUAUGCACGACCAGACUCCCAACACCGUGAACUCUGCUCCUGAGCACGUCGCCUGGCCCCAAUACACUCUUGAGGAGCCCCUCAACAUUGUCUUUGACGCCAACAAGACCGAGCUUACCUACACUGCUGUUGAUGACGUCCACAAGAAGGAGAUUGAGUUCCUCCUCAAGGAUGUGUUUGCUUAA